AUCGGAAGACAAAUGCAGGCACAUGAACUCCGGCAGACUAAGAGCGAAGUAAUGGGUGACAAUGUGAGGCCGGUGCUGAAUGGACAGGAGAAGGCGACGGACGUAGAGACGUGCGAAGCCUCUGCGCCAAAGUCCGGGUCAGGAUGCGCUUCUACGCUGAGCAGAAUGGUGCUCUGGAUCCCAGUGCAGUACCGGGAUGAACUGUGGCAACUUUUCAGAUUAGCGGGCCCGGUGGUGAUUUCCCAGCUGAUGAUGGUCAUGAUCGGUUUCAUCAGCAUGGUGUUCUGUGGCCAUCUGGGAAAAACAGAACUUGCUGGAGUCUCGUUGUCAAUAGCGGUGCUCAACGUCACUGGCAUAUCGAUCGGCACCGGCUUGUCGCUGACCUGCGACACCCUCAUAUCUCAGACGUAUGGGAGCGGAAACCUGAAGCGGGUGGGAGUCAUCCUCCAGAGGGGGAUUUUGAUUCUGUUGCUGGCUUGUUUCCCCUGCUGGGCCAUCCUCAUCAACACGGAGGCCCUGCUGCUGGCGGUCCGGCAAAGUCCCGAGGUGGCCAGUAUCUCACAGCUCUAUGUCAAGAUCUUCAUGCCCGCCCUGCCUGCAGCAUUCAUGUACCAGCUCCAGGGGCGGUAUCUGCAAAACCAGGGAAUCAUUUGGCCUCAGGUGAUAACUGGAGCCAUCGGAAACAUUUUAAACACCCUCAUCAACUACGUCUUCCUCUUUCUGCUGGACCUCGGUGUGGCUGGGUCUGCAGCUGCUAACGCCAUCUCUCAGUAUCUCCUGGCUACAGUUCUGUUCAUCUACAUCAGCUGGAGGGGUCUCCACAAGGCCACAUGGGGAGGCUGGUCCCUGGACUGUCUGCAGGAAUGGGGUCCCUUCAUCCAGCUGGCCAUCCCCAGUAUGCUGAUGCUGUGCCUGGAAUGGUGGCUCUUUGAGGUGGGCAGCUUCUUGGCCGGCAUCAUUGGUGAGGUGGAGUUGGGAGCCCAGUCUGUGGUGUACGAGCUCGCCGUCGUUGCUUACAUGGCACCACUUGGAUUCGCGGCUGCUGCUAGUGUCAGAGUUGGAAAUGCUCUUGGUGCAGGAAAUGUAGAACAAGCCAAACUUUCCUCCAAAGUUCCCAUCGUCUGUACUUUCAUAAUUGCUUGUCUUUUUGGAGUCAUCUUGGCUGUCACCAGAAAUGGCAUUGGAUACAUCUUCACCACUGAGCAUGAGAUCAUACAGAGGGUUUCUGAGGUCAUGGUCAUAUUCUGCUUCACACAUCUAUUCGACGCUAUCGCGGGUGUGACAGGAGGAGUUCUCAGAGGUGUAGGGAAGCAACUGGUCGGUGCCCUCUGUAACCUGGUGGGCUAUUACUUCAUUGGCUUCCCCAUCGGUGUCUCACUAAUGUUCGCGGCUGGGAUGGGUAUUCAAGGUCUCUGGACUGGACUUACUAUUUGUGUAUUAAUGCAGUCAAUUUUCUUCGUGGCAUAUUUGAGCAAACUUGACUGGAAAAAAGCUGCAGAGGAGGCCCGUGUUAGAGCUGGAGUGCAGAAGAAAGAAAAACAGAUGGUCCAAUUGGAUGAAGCAGACUCCACUCAGAACCAAGCGGUGGCUACAACGCUCAGCUGCAGGCGCGCAGAAGAUGACGAGGAGGUGCAAACUCCCGAGCAGGAUAAAACCACCACCACCAUAGUGGGAGAUGUUCUGUCAGUGACACAGCUGGUUCUACGGCGCGGGCUGGCCGUCUUCAUCAUGCUGCUCAUUCUUGCGGCCGGAAUUCUGAGUGAUGCAUAUCUCACCAAACUGCUGAAAUGACUGUCCUGAAUAAGAAGGAAUAUGAGCCCUGGACUCUGCACGGCAUAGUUUCUUUCUAAAGUUCGAGCCAAAGAAAGUCAUUGAUUCGUUCCUGGAAUAUGUGAAUAAGUUCAUACUUGUCCCUGUGUGCAUUUGUGCAUGUGAAAGUUUGCCUUCAGAAUCAGACCUUGUGACAGUUAAAUCGGAAAAAUAUGCUAACCAUGUGAAAGUGCUCUUGUUCAACAGUAGACUGUUCAAGUGACUAACAGUAAAUAACAGUUUCUUUUGAUAUUUAAUAUGUGCAACAUGUGGGUUGAACACAGACAGACCUCAGACAAUCUUCAUUGCUGGUACCAUUUGACUUAAUGUUGCCCUUUGCCUCAUUGGCAUUUGUUAGCUUCACACACUGUGUCCUAACAGUAGAGUGAGAACUUCAUGAUCUGCCUGUAAGUAGCUUGGACCCAUUAGAGACUUCUGCUCAAAAUCUGGGUCAGGUCGAUUCCCAUCAAUACAGCCAAUUGAUAAAACAUUUUGUUCUGUACAUACAAGUGCGAAAAUGAUUGAAGCUGAUUCAGGCUGUGCCUCUGAAACUUGGCUGUACCAACCAAUGUCAAUAUGAAAGUAACAGAGACUUGAGUGUCGACUAAUGGAGCAUUUCAUUGUUGUUCUCUGAAAUGAUCUGUUCUUCACUGAUUCACUAGAAGAGAUUUUUUUGCAACAUGGAAUUUUGUGUCAUUGAAACAAUGUUGUCUGCUAAACUGACUGACUUGAGUAAUGUGGUGUGCUACUGGAGUCGUGUUGUGGGAUCAGGCAUUUGUGCUGAUGGUACACUCUUGUCUAGACACGACUGUUUAUUUCAUCAUCCAA